UUUCAAAAGAUUCAGGGCAAGGAAUAGACGAAUUUAAAAAUGAAAUUUUACUGAUUGCAAAACUUCAACAUCAAAAUCUGGUGAAACUCAUAGGAUGCUGCAUUCAGGGAGAGGAACCGAUGCUAGUUUAUGAAUACAUGCCAAACAAAAGCUUGGACUCCUUUCUUUUCAGUGAAACAAGAAAGUCAACCUUGGAUUGGAGAAAACGCUUUGAUAUUAUCGUUGGGAUUGCUCGUGGAAUCUUAUAUAUUCACCAAGAUUCUAGGUUGAGAAUUAUCCAUAGAGAUCUAAAAACUAGCAACAUUUUAUUGGAUGAAGAAAUGAAUCCAAAAAUUUCAGAUUUUGGCCUAGCUAGAAUCUUCAAAGGCAACCAAACUCAUGAGAAGACAAACAGAAUAGUUGGAACAUUUGGUUACAUGUCUCCAGAAUAUGUGGCAUUUGGAAAGUUUUCAACGAAAUCUGAUGUCUUUAGUUUUGGCAUCAUACUAUUAGAGAUCAUUACAGGGAAAAGGAAUAAUAGCUUUUGUCUAGAGGAUUCUUGCCCAAGCAUGAUAGGAAAAAUAUGGCAUUUAUGGAGAGAAGAAAGAGCAUGGGAGAUAGUUGAUUCAUCACUAAAGCAUUCUUGUUCUCCUGAUGAAGUAUUGAGAUGCAUCCAAAUUGGGUUCUUAUGUGUGCAAGAAGAUGUAAUGGAAAGACCGACCAUGUCAGCUAUCGUUCUAAUGUUAAAUAGCGAAAUUAGUCUCCCUUCUCCUAAGCAACCUGCAUUCACUUUCAGAAAGUCUAGUAUUAUUAGUUCUAGCUCAUUAGAACCAAAAGAAGGAUUUUGUUCUAUGGAUGAGGAGACAAUUACUGAGGCUGUAUGUCGUUGAAUAUCUCUCUCAUCAAUUAUAUAAAUUUUUAGUA